AUGGUUUACAAAGCACUCUCUUGGUUUAUCCCUGGCCUUUUGUUGUCCCCAUUCUGUCAAAUCGCUCUAUCAUUCGAGCUACAGCCGAUAGUCUCAAAUUCGGUCGCAACUGGCCGACAUGCCACCAGAGAUGAUGACUUUUCCGUUCUUGAUCUUCUCAGCAGCGAGACCUUUCUCUGGGGAGGAUCCCAUAAUGGCCGAUCCGCGCUGGGCAACCUGACAGUUCACAUGCCCGGAGAUGCAGAAAACAUCAUCUCCAUGGAGAAGUUUCAACCCUUGCUACGGUCCGCUGAGUGUACUAAUACCAGUAUGACCAUGGAUUUCAAGGAUGAGAGAUCUUAUCAGUAUGGUCAGCGCCUCUGGCAAUGGGUCAACGAUGCCGACGAACGUAAAUUUGUCUUGGUUGCUGGAAAUGGACAUUGCGGCUGGAAUCAACAUCGUUUGCCCUUUGUGGUUGCGAACGUGCUAUUCAACGAUGCACAGAAUACGAUUGGUCUCACGGGCUAUGUAUCCGACUGGAAGACUGUCGCACAUACAUAUGAACUAUUCGUUGGUGGCCACCCUUCGUCCGAGAAGCGCGAUAUCGAUCACACCUUCUCUCUUGAUUUCAACCACGCCUUGCCCCUGAGCAGCAAGUCUUUCUCGAUGGGUGAUUUUAAGUUCACCUAUGACUGUGAUGACUGUGGCACUAAGGGCGAGUUUGCAUUUCAGUUUGAGCUCAAGACGGAGAUAUUCGUUCCCACCGGAGUGUCUAUGACCCUGAGCCCCCAGGGAGUCUCUGCCAACUUCAAUCCUCGUUUGGGACUGAGUGCCAAUUUCACUGGUACCAAGACUGACGAAAUGGAGUUGGGCAAGAUUCCCAUCGACGGACUGACCAUUCCUGGUGGAAUCUUGGAUCUAGGGCCCGAAAUUGUCUUUAGCUGGGGCUAUGCACUGGGUCCGAUCAUUGGUACUGCGGGCGUGUCAACGGGCGUAUCUAUUGGCCUCGAGGACUCGGCGGAAUUGAAAAUCGAUUUGACCUCUCCCGAUGUUUCCGCCAGUGGAUGGACUCCUAAAAUUACUAAGAAGCCGAUCACCGUGGACGCUUCCAUCAGUGGUGGUAUCAAGGUUAAUGCUAAGGCUGCCAUUGAACUAGCAUUGGAAGCUUUGGAUACUGGAUUUGAGAUUGGCCUAGAUCUAGAGCCCUGGGCUGGAGCAACUCUGACUGUGGCAUCUUCAUCCGGUGCAGCGUGCCCUGAUGACCCCGAAAGGCAUCAUUUUGGCGUAAAGGUCGCGCCGUCCGCCGGAGUGAAUCUGAAUGUCGAAGCUUCCCAAGCAGGCGAUGAGAACGAGCCAUUUUUGAGCAAAGCUAUCGCUUCUGUCACCAUGCCUCUUCCUCCCAUGUGUACUGGCUUUGGGUCACCUCCAAACGCAUCUGGCUCCCCGAGAAAAACGACGACCAAGGCAACGUCCACACCUCUGUCGCGAUCCUCUACUACUUAUUUAUCUACUACCACCCCGUCCAUUGUUGCGCCCACUACAAUGACCACUGCCACUACUACCUAUUCCUUUUCUUCAUCAAGCUCGAUUCCAUCUAUCCCGGCACCGAGACCAUACCCAUAUAUCCGCAGAAAACGCUACGUUGGGCGAUCAGAAAGAGAUCUUCACGCCUGAGUUUAUUAUUGAGCAGCGAAAAGUGGCCCUCGUGUGCG